AAGCAAAGCACUUGUUCAAAUCUCUUGCCCAAAGUGGGAAUUGGGAUUCAAAAUGCCUCGACUGCGUGACAAAAAAGACAUCAAGUCGGCCACACCCCAAGUGGGUUUUCCUUUGAAAUUGCCUACUACCUGUUCGGAACUGUUCGCCUUCCACGACCAAGGUACUUACCUUACCUUACCUUACCUUGCCUCAAGGUCAUCCGUACCCAUUCCAUUAUAACUCAAUCGGAUCGCUCGCUCUCUUCACUCUUGUACUUUGCCGCCCUCUUUGCAUCUUCCCUUCUUUCGUUCUGUCAAAUCGCUGGCCGUCUCUCGUUUUUUUUUGUCUUUUUACCCCCCCCGUCCCCAGCAAAUGUCCGGCAUGAAGCUAUCUGUAAACCAGGUAUUAUGAAGGGUCUGAGUGGCAUACUUGCAGACGCCUAUGUGACAUGGCUUUCGCCCCUCACAAACUGCUGCGCUCCGUUUUCUGACUCCGUAGAAGAGCAGCCGCGUCAAAACACCUUUGACAUUUCUGAGAAACUGUCACCACCACACACCGUAACCCGCAACCAGCCCGUGCCCAUGCCGCCGCCUUUUGCAGGGACAACAAUGCAAAGGUCAGCCGGACCUCGUCCGCAGCCGCAGGGGAAGUCGAAAGGAGUGAAGAGAAGUUUCGCGUCGCUCCGGGAGCGGUUCUCUGUGAGAAAGCGAUCUCGCUCAGACUCUUCGUCCUCCUCAUCGCGCCGACUACAAAUAUCGGCCCCCAGCAACUUCCGCCAUCUGCAUUCAGAGUCCUUUCAGUUCCCCCAGUAUUCGAACCUCCAGCACGUCGGCCGGACACCGCCACCGCGUCCCAUGCCGCGACCUCGCCCUUCUUCCUUUAGACCGCUGGAGCUCAGCAUAUACGUGCACAAGAGGGAGCUCUCGCCGAUUCUGCCGCACUUUGACAUGCUUACGCCGCCGCCGCGGCCUGCUGCUCAGGUCCAUGUCCGGCCGAAUCCCGACGACGAUGUAUUCGGACCCUCGCAUGAGCCCAACUAUUCCCCCAUGUCGUUCCAUCUGCCCCGGAAGAUGUCUGCGUCGCCAUCCACCCUCGCUACCAUGGCCAGCGAUACGCCGCCCAAGAUUCCGCCAAAGUCGAGGGCCCGGUCUCAGACGUCAUCCAGCGCGAGCGCAGAGAGGAUGAAGGAACGGAUUGCCGGAGCCAUGCUCGAGGUCGACAAGCUCCAGCGCGAAAUCGAGCUAGUCAUGGAGCGUCAGAGCAUCUACGCCAGCAGCCGGCCUUCGACUGCCCAUUCGAUGGCACUGACAGCGCACGACCUGGAACCCAUCCCCACGGUCCCCGCCCUCCCGCCAUCUGCACCCUCUUUCGCCGAGCGCCUCAACCCCGGGGCCGAGCGCCCUCACACGGCACCACCCCGGCCGCCAGUGCACAUUCCCCACCGCGGCAUGGCCUUCGCCGACGCCUCGGCCGCCUUCAUCACCCCACCCCCGAGCCGCGGCAGGGAAAGCAACCGGCCGCCGCCGCCGCCCCCACUACCCCUCGUCCUGAGACCCCCGCUCCGCAAGAAGAAAUCAUUCUCCCGGGUAUCCAGCUGGCUUUUCCCCGGCGGAGGCAACGCAGCAGAGCAGCAUAAUAACCACCACGGACGGAGCAUCAGCCACGAUUCCAUCACUAAUUUUCCCCGCCCCGUCAAGGGCCGCGAGGGCUUCUACCAGUGUGUUCACGCGCCGCGGGACAGGCGCACGAGCGUGGACACGGCGUCGACUGUGUCGACGUGGGAGGAGUCGGACGACGACACGGGAGGAGGCCAGACGGUCCCGACGACGACGUGGUCGCCAGGCAGCACUCUCGCCGCUAGAGCGGAGGAGCAGCAGCCGCCUCUGGAGCGCGUCACCACGUUUGGGAAGGAAAAAGAUGCCGGUGGUCCUAGAAGGACCGGCUUCGCGGCGGUGUUUUGAAAUCUUGGCAUGAUGGAGCGGUGGUGUUUUUUCUUUGGUUUCCACCUAUUUUCUUUCAUCUGCAUGAUACCAACGGUUUUUAUUGGGAGAGAACAAGAUACCAUGUUGUAAAUAUUAUGGACUAGACGGGGUUGGAGGCGGACUUUGUUUGUUUUUGGAUAUCUAAUGAUGCUAGUGGCGCCUACGGUACGGCAGCAUAGGAUCGGGCAGGGCUCGGGGAAUGAUUGGAAUGUUGAGACGUUUUUCUGAUGGUGUCAAAGUUGUCUCCCUCAUGACUAUGUGAGAGGCUACUCUGGAAGUCACUGCGGUGGUUCAAGAAGUAGUCAACCUGCUUAUACGUACGAUCGCACGCAAUUGUAGUUGAGACACAUGGUGGAUUUCAAGUGCCCUUUUGAGGAGCCCCAGCCGAGGCGAUCAAACAACUUGUAGGCGACCAGAAG